AUGACGUCGGCCGACUUGGACCCCGACGCCGCAGCGCUCGGCCGAAAAUGCGUAAAGUGCGACAGCCCGGGGAUACUUUCCGGGAUCGACGCGAGGAAGGCGGUCUACUGCCGGCCAUGCUUCGUCCAGAUGGUCAAGCACAAGUUCCGGUCGGCGCUCGGGAAACGCAGGGUUUAUAAGGACGGCGCCUCGAAGGAGACGCUGCUGGUGUUUGACGGCUCGCCGGCGGCCGCUCUGGCCCUCGGCCAGCUCGUCGAAUCCAAGCGCGAGACGGACCACCGGAAGUUGAUGAUCGAGCCUACGGUGCUGUUCACGCUGGAGACGACAGACCCCGAGCGUGCCGGCCGAAUUCUACAACGAUAUGCGGAAAUUGGGGCCAAGCUGGCCGAGCCGGGGAUUGGAAUCCCAUUCCGGAUAGCACACCUCGCCGCCGGGCUGCAGAAGAACAUCGAGUUGGAGGCGGACAGUGGAGAGCAAUAUCUCGGAAAAGAGCAGAUCGCCAUCUACGAGCGCCUUCUCUCGGCGAUGCAAUCGACUACGGCACGCUCCGAAAUGACGCGGCUAUUCGGGGAGCUGCUGGCCGCUCGAUUUGCCGUCGCUUCCGGCAUUGACAAAAUCUGGCUGCCCCGGACCGGCGACGAUCUGUCGAAGGACGUCGUCUCGUUUUUCUCGCUUGGCAAAGGCGCGCACACCUCGUCGCUAAUCUCGGUCUCCGAACGCCGCCUGGGCGUCAAUUUCUUACGCCCAAUGCACGACAUCGGGGAUAAGGAGGUGACGCUGCUGAAUCGUCUGGAGGGCUAUGACGAGAGAUACGAGACGCCAGACAGCCGAGAGCCCCUCCCCCCGGCAUCUAUCCAUCUUGUUGCCGCCAAUUUUAUCGACAUGUUGCAGAGAGAGGGGUAUACGGCGACAACCUCUACCCUGCUGGCGAGUACGGCAAAAAUUGUGGACGGUUCCGGGAAGGCGCAGGAGUACUGUAGAAUUUGCGGAUCGCCGGCCACUCAAAAGGAUAAGAAUUCGCCGACCCUGCUGUGCUACCCGUGCCGACGAUUGAGGGAGGAAUGCUCGGAGCAGACACUUUUUGACGACGCGCUUGGUUCU